AUGCUUGCCACUGCCCACAUUGCCCCAUAUUUGGCCACAUUGCCCCAUGUUGGAAAUGCCUCUGGGAAUGCCAAGUUCACGGCAGGCUCGACCUUCGAGGAACUCCGCCGCCCCGCCCCCACAACGUUCUCCGACACUGAGGUUCGACCCCGACCGGUCUGUCGACCCCGACCGACGUGGAGUUUACUGUUGGGCCAAAGUGGGGCUGUUGGACGGGCCUGCGUGAUACCAACAUUGGUUCCCAAGGUGGGCCCAUUUCGAAAAUGCGGGAUUCCUCCAAAGUUGACCCAACAUGGGUGUGCUGCCUGGGGUCUUCCACCUUUUGAUGUCUCACGGGAGGCGUCCCGUUCCGCUCUGAGGAUCUUCAAGAAACGCAUGAGCAUAGGAGUACCAGGCAGUAUUCGAAUGAAAUCAGGAGUGGACUCGAAAGUGUCGUGCCACGUCUGCCGUCCGACCGACCAGAAAGACAUGGAUGACCGUACCCGAGCGCAGCAGAUCAACAUCACGAUCUCAGAGGUGUUCGGGCCCGGAGCCCCCAUCCCCGAAUGCAGCGCCAUCACGGACUUCUCCUCGAACGCGGGGCAGAUGAGUUGCCCCUUGAAGGAUGCCGUCUGCGUCAUGGAGAGAAAUCGUGAUUGGACGGCAAGAUACUGUGAAGAGAAAUUCGCGGAGGACGACUUGGAUUGCGACUAUAAUAAAGGUGUGAUCAAGUGCACAUGCGCCGGUAACUACUGCAACCUGGCCUCCCUCUCGCGCAUAAGUUCAUUCCUGCUGCCUUUCGCCUCCCUCUCCUGGAUGGCGACCCGAUUCCUGGAUGCGUGAAGUGGAGUCUCUGGGGCACUUGGAAUGCACGUGCAGUCAAGUCCUGUCUUUGAACGAAUUUAUUAAGAAGUUCGUCUAUUUCCUAUGCAAUCUUUUGUGGUUCCUCCAUUAGCAAUAAAUAAAUAUUUCAACUCAGUUAACUCACUGAUGUGCCGUGG